UGUAUACGGACCCAGAGUUUACACGUAAUAAAAACAUUAGUGAACACAGAAAGGCGGACCGACCCCCCUGGUUCAUUCUUCUUUUCUUUUACUUAUUUUCUUCCUCGGUUCUUUGAUUAAUUAACUGCUGCAACAUUUGUUGUAUGUAUCUGUGUUGGCUGCAUACCAACGAGUUAACAUCCAAUCACAAAGAUUCACCGACGAGUCGAGGUAGCGACUAUUGGCCAAUCACAGCACAGUAAGGCGGGACCUAACGUCUGGCGGUUGCUGGUUGUCAAGGUAGGUCGAGGAGUAGUUUAUCUGGUUACUAGGCAGCGGUUACGGCUCCGGGUGCUGAUGUUAAGUUCACUUCUGAGCGGAAUACAACUAUCAUCGCCACAAUGGCGUCCUCGAGUGACUUUCGGGAAAAACUGCGGAAGAAAAGACGCGCUUUGCAAGAGACGUUAGUGAAAAGCCAGAAGGAGGACGACGCUCAGGCUCUGGUUCCGUCCACCAAAUUGAGUGACGAGGAACUGCGAGCUACAAUGAAGGAACCUCAGAGCGGCGAGGAAGAUCCAGGAGAGACACUGAAACAGACGUUGAGGGCUCAGAGACAGAGGCGGAAGAAACAGCUGCUCGACCGAUCUCCAGCCCAGGAGACCCAGGAUGACGACGAUGUGGAGAUCUCCGCCAAUCGGCAGCACGGCGAAGACGGGGGAUCAGCGGAGAAGGCAACCGACCCCGUGGGUUUGUCAAGACCCCCGACUGGAUCUCACAGCGGUCCCUCCCCAAGAGUCCAUCUCAGUCCCGACUCUCAUUUAGACAGCGUUGUUACACGUCGCCUGGAAGAGAGACUAAGAGCCGCCAGGUCUAAAGGGGAGACCCUGCAGCAGCAGGAGGCCCCUCUGGAGCCAGUCAGUCGCCUGCAGAGCCUCCGAGACAGAGACACCGUAACGAGGUUUGACCGAGAGGUCGAUCCGGAGCGAGCUGGGAGACGCGACGACCCCCCGGUCCUCAGCAGUAGGGUCAAGUUCAGAGAAGCACCGAGACGGAGUGAAAAGAGCCUGCCGACUGCUGAGGAGGCGUACAAUUUCUUUACUCUCGACUUUGAGCCGGAUCCAGUAGACGGUACUGAGAAGAAGAGCAAGAAAAGAGACAAACAGAGAAGGGUCGCCGAGGAGGACGGAGAUGAAGAAGAUGCUGAAGAGGAGGAAGAGUGUGUAGAAGAUGCUCUACAGGAAAAUGAAGACCGGAGUGAGGAAGCUCCUCUUGUUCGAGACGAAGCGGACGAUUUGUUCGCGGUCGGACAAUCGUCCCAGGACUUCCUGGAAGUGAGGAGAGCAGAGUAUGUCGGGUACCGGAAGCGCGUUCAGCGGGAGAGCGGCCUCCUCUUCACGCCGAGCUUUCGAACAGCCCCGGCCUCCAUCAAACUGCCCGAAAACACAAAGCCUCGUUAUCUGGAGGACGAGGGUCUGUAUGUGGGGCAGAGGCCUCCCGUGUCCCCGGCCAAUGAGAACAUUCUGGAGAACCGCGUCUUGAAAAUGGAGGAGGGAAAGAAAUGGUUUGGUGAUGACGGAAGGAUCAUUGCUCUACCCGACCCCAUAAAGGAAUCCUCCACGAGACCCCCCCUCUUCCACAUGGAGGAGGACCUGGACCCCGCUCUGCAACCUGUGUACAGGAAGGCGCUGCAGUCCAACAAUGCCAACCUGUUUAUGGCUGGUGCAGCGGACCCCGAGGGGGACUACCAGCUGGACGUGGACGUCUCGGGGCUGAUCUUCUCCCAUCACCCGCUCUUCAGUCGGGAGCAUGUCCUGGCAGCCCGGCUGGCUCAGCUGUACGACCAGUACCUCACCAGGCAGGCCAAUAAUCUCACCAGCCACCUGACUGACAAGUUGAACGGGCUGAGGAGUGCUCUGCGCAAUAUACUUCAGAUCCAUGGCGGGGAGAGCCUCACUCAAGCCAUGCUGCAGAGGAUAUCUGAGUACAGUCUGGAGGUUAGGGAGACUCGGCAGCUCAGAGACAGUGAGCAGGAGAAAGACAGAACCCUGCUGAAGAACAUGGUUAAGGUGUGGAAGGAGACCAAGGCCCUGAGGGACUUGCAGAAGUACACCAACACGCCCUAUAAGCUCUUCCUCAGGAGAGAGAAUGUGGACCAGGCGUCCGAUGAGCGGGAGCACGAGGAGGAAAUCCUCUCUGAGGUUAUGGAACGGGAGGCAGAGAUGGAGGAGACUUACCAGAGGAAGCUGGUGGAGUACGAGAAGCAGCUGGAGGAGUGGAAGCUCUGGAGGAGAAGACAGAAAGCCAAAAAGAAGAAGAGAAAGAAGAGAAGAAGAAGAAACGAAUCAGACGCGCCCGCUGAGGAAGGCCCCCCCAGGCCGGAGCCCCCGGAGAGGCCCGACGUGGCCUCUGUGGAGCAGCGGGUCAGAGCGAAGGCCUCCAGGAUACGCAGGAAGCCCGGGGAGUCCAUCCUGAUCCCCGAGCUGUCGGCCUCUGGAAACAUCACUGCCAGUGAACUCUGCCCCAGGCCUGAAACGGCUCGUAGAGAGGACGUUUCCAAGCGCUCCCUUUUCAUCAAGAUCCUGUACAACAACAAAGAAGUCUCCCGGACGGACAGCCGCUCCCUGAACGCUGACUUCAGAGUCCACUUCGGACAGAUUUUCAACCUCAAGAUACUCAACUGUCCCCGAAGCAUCAACUUGCAGCUGUUCGAGGAGCUCGGCUCGUCGUGCUCCCUCCUGGCUCAGGUGUUUCUUCCGGUUCCGGACCCCUCCGUGGUGACGGGCAUCGUCCCCGUGGAGGAAUACGAGUUCAGCAGCAACCAGCGAGUGAUGUUCGACCACGAGGGCGUCGGCAGCGAUGUGCCGCUGUCCUUCGAGGCCGACGGUAGUAACAAGCAGACCCUGCUGACCUCGGGGAAGGUGUCGUGCUCUGUCUGCUGGGGGUCCGGGGAGGACGGCGUGCCACUGGCCCCUCCGGCGUCUCAACACCCCGGCGCCGUACACGGGGGUCCGGGACGCCUUGAUGCGGUCACAUUUAUCGGGGCGUCUGGACUCUACGACAUGAAGAAAAUUGGCGAGUGGGCCACACAGUCCCGGCUGGACCCCAACGACCCCAAAAAUGCCUCCAUCAUGCAGCUGCUGAAGGUGGCCAGCAGUGGGGAGGUCACGGCCCCGGACUAUUUCCGCCUGGAGCAGCUGCAGGAGGAGUUCAACUUCGUCCCCGACGAAGAGCUGGAGCGCUCCAAAAGAUUCCGCCUGCUCCGUCUGAGGAACCAGGAAGUGGCGGAGUUUAGAAAUUACAAGUUUGUUCCUGCUCUGGAGAAGGAGGUCGCUGACAAAGUGUUCCACGAUUAUGAAAAGAGACUGAAAGAAGGAGAGACCGUGGACACUGAAGAACAUCUGGAUUCACACAGAGCUUUGGUAGCCAAAUACCUGCAGAAGAUCCGAGAGUCGGUCGUCAACAGGUUUGUUCUCGCCAAGCAUCACUUUCUCCUGUCCGACCUGGUGAUAGAAGAGGAGAUCCCGAGCAUCGGGAUUCUGGGAGUGAACCUUUUCAAGCUGGCUGAGCCCAAGCGUCCGCUGAGGCCUCAGAGGAAAGAGAGGAAGAAGGUGACGGCUCAGAAUCUGUCCGACGGAGACAUCAAGCUGCUGAUCAACAUCCUGAGGGCCUACGACCUCCCCGUCCGCCGGCCGCAGGGCAAGUGAGUGCUCUGCGAGGGAGUGACGCCGGGGGUGACCUUGCGAUUGUGAUCGUUUUUAGAAGCGCAAAUUUGUCUCGAUGUUUUUUUUUUUCCCAGUAAAGCCGGACCGUCCCUGGGCGCCUCCCAGGAAAGCGAUUGGCUCAUGAGUCAGGUGCAAGUGAGGCCCUUCGUGGAGGUUUCUUUCCAGCGCACAGUGCUUCAAACAACCACAGCCGACGGACCAAACCCCUGCUGGAACGAGGAGCUGCAGCUGCCGUUCAGUGCUCCAAAUGGCGACUACGGCGCUGCCGCCUUGCAAUCAGUCAGAGACGAAGUCUUCAUCAACAUAUUUGAUGAGGUGGUCUAUGAAACCGGAGUGAAUGACAAAGACCGCGGCAAAUCCAUACACACCCGGGUGGAGAAGCACUGGCUGGGCUCCGUCAAGAUCCCAUUCAGCACCAUCUACUCGCAGUCACGGAUCGACGGGACGUUCAAGGUCAACACACCGGCAGUGCUGCUGGGUUACAGUAAGGAGCACAGCCACGGCUACAACAACGGCUACAACAGCGUGCGCGGCGUGAGCGACGGGGCCUUCGUCACACUCUUCAUCACCAUCGAGCCUCAGCUGGUGCCGGGCGAGUCGAUCCGGGAAAAGUUUGACAGCCAGGAGGACGAGCGUCUCCUGCAGGCCUCGGAGAAGUUUGAGCGGGACGCGGCGCGGGACCAUCCGGGCCGGCCCUGCGUCACCGCCGUCAUCGACCUCAACGGGAAGACGGUCUUCGUCACGCGAUACAUUCACCCGCUCCACCCCCCCCAGCAGCUGCUGGACGCGUUCCCCGACAGCUUCCAGGACACCGCGAACCUGGUUGCCAGAUUUGUCUCGCUCAUCCCCUCUCUGCCGGACAGGGUGUCGUUCGCCGGCGCCUGCGACCUGUGGAGCACCUGUGACCAAUUCCUCACCCUCCUCGCGGGAGAUGAAGAAGAACACGCCGUGCUGCUGUGCAACUACCUGCUGUCGAUGGGCAGGAAAGCCUGGCUUAUAAUUGGCACUGCUAUACCAGAGGGACCCACAGCAUACGUUCUGACCUUGGAGCAGAACCGCUACCUGAUCUGGAAUCCCAGCAGCGGUCAGUUCUACCGACAGUACGACACCUUCUGCCCGCUGACAGUAGUCGGCUGCCUGGUCAACGCCGACAAUGUGUGGUUCAACGUUCAAGAAUAUACGUCGCCCAUGACGAUGAGUUUCGACACCACAAAAGCAAAUUUGUGGAAGCCGUUCUUCUCCCGAUCCUUCCCCAACCCCGGGCUGCCGAGCGUACAACCCGAGGAGCUGGUGUACCGGCGCGCAGACAAAGCCGCCGCCGCCGCGCUUCAGGACAGGAUCGAGAAGAUCCUGAAGGAGAAGAUCAUGGAGUGGCGCCCUCGUCACCCCACCCGCUGGAACCGCUAUUGCACCUCCACCCUGAAGCAGUUCUUGCCCAAGCUGGAGCAGAGCGGGGGGCGGGACGUGGCCGAGGGUCACCGCCACGAGCUGCAAAGCCUCCUGGGAGACAUCACGAUCUCGGGGUUCCCCCUGCAUCUGCCGUUCUCCGAGAUCCGGCCCAUCGUCGAGGCGGUGCACAGCACCGGGGUCCACAACGUCCACGCGUCAAACGUAGAGUUUGCCCUGGCCGUGUACGUGCACCCGUACCCGAAUAACGUACUCUCCGUGUGGGUGUACCUGGCCUCGCUCAUGCGCACGUGAUAGACGCCCUUGCUGUGGGUCACUGCGCUGAGUGUUUCUAGAUAAAUGAGCUCUACCUUUAAUUCAAAAUGAUCACUUGACACACCAUUGCCAGGCUAUUGUAUAUUUUAUAUUUAUGUAUAUAAUGGAUGUCUUAUCUUUGUAUUACACAGUUACCAGUUUUAUAUCUGCAUAUGUCCAAAAAACGUCAUUAAACACCACCUUUCUAAA